AUACUGCACGGCAGACUUGGGGACUCAGAAAAAUAAUGGAUGGAAAAGCAGAUGUGAAGUCUCUCAUGGCGAAGUUUAACACUGGGGGCAAUUUGACAGAGGAGGUCUCAGUUGGCAGUCGACCCUUCAAAGCAGGAGGACCUCCUGCCCCUUCAGGAAUACAAGCAAGGAAAAGUGUAUUCACCAACCAAGGAAAUGAUAGUCCACCUCCAGGGCCCAACAAUUUAUCAAAGUUUGGAACUCCAAGGCCUCCUUUGGCAGUAAAGCCUUCAUUUGAGGAGAAAACCGACAAGGAUCCCAAACCCCCAUAUCUGAAACCUACUGGAGUGGGCCAGAGAUUUGGGACUCCAGCAAGCUCAGCUAACAGAGACUCUGAGGGAAAAUCAGGAUUUCUGAAACCUGUAGGUCACAAACCAUUUGACCAGCCAAAAGAAGAGUGCAAACCUGUGUUCCCAAGGCCCUCUGGGAACAAACCAUUGCUUCAUACCAUCAACCAAGAGAAUGACUUAAAAUCUCCUGGCCAAAAGUCCAUUUUCAAUGCCCCGGCACAAGAAAAUGAACCUAAACCAGUGUUUCCAAAGCUGGCUGGAGCUAAAGGAAAGUUCAUCACCCCUUCGCAAGACCAGGAUCCCAAGCCCCCUUACUCCAAACCGGCAAUUGGACAGAAACCUCCCAAUGCAGAUACCUCACAUGAUGACCAGAGCCCCAACAAGAGCACAUUUCCGCAGAAGGGGCCUUCGUUUGCCCCUCCCUCCAAGCCUAAAAUCAGCCCUCUUAAGCCUACCAGGGAAGAUACAGAAAACAAAGACCAUGGAACAGACCCCCCAAGCAUGUCUUUCCCUGGUGUGACUCUGAAACCUGUUACCGGCAGAAGUACUCCAGGCUCAGCCCUAAGCCUUCCCAAAAGUACUGAAGAGAAAAAGGAAGAAAGAAAAAUAGAUGCAGCUAAGAAUGUAUUUAUGAAUAAAAUCAAUCAGGAUGACUCUAGCUCAGGUGCCACUCCACCCAAGUUCCCAAAGCCACCCUCCAAGGUGACAGUGGGAGGGCCUUGGGGCCAAAGUCAAGAAAAGGAAAAGGGAGAUAAGAAUUCUACUGCUCCUAAGCAGAAGCCCUUGCCUGCACUGUUUACCCUGGGUCCAGCCCCACAGAAACCCAGCAGACCACCUACUGUUGAUCUGGCAAGAUUCCGAAAGGCCAGUCCUGCAAACAUAUCCAGUAAAGGAACAGCACCUUAUUCUGUGAACACAGCACCUCCACCUCCUCCGCCAGCACAUCCUGCCUCUCAACCAGCUCCUCCAGCCCCUUACCCAACACAACCACCAGUUCCAAGUCUACCUCCCAGAAAUAUCAAAAUUCCCCCUGAGCCAAAAAGUUCAACAAGUGAAGAAAAUUAUGAUGAUGUCGAUAUGCAAUCCAGUGAUCUUGGAAAUCCAGAUGAGGAUCAAGACAGCAGUGGAGAAACAUAUGAAGACAUAGACACAACAAGAGAACGAGAGAAGAAGAGGGAUAAAGAAGAGAAGAAAAGACUAGAGCAGGAGAAGAAAGAACAGAAGGAGAAGGGGAAAAAGGAGCAAGAGAUCAAGAAAAAGUUCAAACUAACAGGUCCUAUUCAAGUCCUUCAUCAAGCUAAAGCUUGCUGUGAUGUCAAAGGAGGGAAGAAUGAGCUGAGUGUCAAGCAAGGAGAAGAAAUUGAAAUCAUCCGCAUCACAGACAACCCUGAAGGAAAAUGGUUAGGCAGAACCUCCAAAGGCUCAUAUGGCUAUAUUAAAACAACAGCAGUGGAGAUCGACUAUGAUUCCUUGAAAAGAAAGAAAAAUUCAAUGAGCACUCUUCCACCAAGACCCGUGGAAGAUGAUCAAGAACUGUAUGAUGAUGUCGCUGAACACAGCAGCAUUAGCAGUCAUAGUCAAAGUGGAAGUGGAGGAAUGUUCCCCACUCAGGAUGAAGAAAUUUAUGAUGGUGUUGAAGAAGAAGAUGAUAAUGGCUCCACGCUACAGGGCGAAGAGAGGAGUAAUUCGUGGACCUGGGGGAUUUUGAAGAUGUUAAAGGGAAAAGAUGACAAAAAGAAAAGUAUACGAAAGAAAUCUAAAGACACUGAGUCAGACAGUAACGAAGACCUAGUUUUCCCUUCUCCCCCAAAGCAGCUUGGAUUGGAUGUAGGAGAUGAAGUCUAUGAUGAUGUGGAUGCAUCUGACUUCCCUCCUCCACCUGUAGAAGUCAGUCUAGGAGUGAACUUUGGUAAAAGCAAAUCAGAAGACCCAAAGAAGCUGAAAAAGCAAGAAAAAGAAGAAAAGGAAUUCAAGAAAAAAUUCAAAUUUGAUGGUGAAAUUAGAGUCCUCUAUACAACUCAAGUGGUGCCUGCCUUAACUUCUAAAAAAUGGGGAGCCAGAGAUUUACAGUUGAAGCCUGGAGAAUCUCUUGAAGUCAUACAAAGCACAGAUGAUACAAAAGUGCUGUGCAGGAAUGAAGAAGGGAAAUAUGGUUAUGUCCUUCGGAGCUGUUUGGUGGACAAUGAAGGAGAGAUCUAUGAUGAUAUUGCUGAUGGUUGCAUCUACGACAAUGACUAAUAGCUCUCCACUUUAGUAGCUGUCUUCAUUAGAUCCUAAUAUGCAUUUUCAUAAUUGUCAUAUUAUUAAGAUGUAACAGCAGAUGAAUGACCAAAAUAUACUUUACUAUCACCCACUUGUUACUAAAUUACAAUUCUCAACACAAGGAACUGGAAAAUCAGGCGCCCUUUUGAGUUAUGUUUAUACUGAACAAACAUUCCAGAGAGAUUCACUGAUGAGGCUAUGCAUCCACUUCUUCUACCGCAAUCAUGAAGGAGCUUUUUUAGGGGCUACCUGCUCAGUACUUUUAAGGAUAUACACAGUUCAAUGAUAAGAAAGUUGCUGGACUUCAGUGAUAGCACAUUGGGUAAAGGAGCAAAAAAUGGGAAACAUUAUGAGAAGGAAACCCAUCACAUUCACUUACGAUUUAAAAUCAUGGAAACAAAUAUAAGUUGGCAUCCAAGAAGGCAAUUCUUCCACUUUAAAAACCCUUUUAAAGUUUGCUAAAAUUAAAUUAUAUUCACAGUACAUUUUGUAUUUUAAAUUUGCCGAAUGUCUUGUCUAUACUUGUUAAUUUGGAAAGCAUAUUAAUUAUUUGCUAGAGAACUUAAGUUAUAAUUUGUGUAUUUUUGUACAGUCAUUAAGAUAAAUGUUUUAGUCUUUAAAACCCACCUCUUAGCUGAUUUUUGAUUUGCAAAUAAUUUGAUUCUGUUCAUUAUUUAAAGUGAUGUUAUCUGAGAAGUAACAUGGACCUAAACUUUGACUAAAUAUAACCAUAACAUUAUCACAGACCAUUAUGAACCUUCCUAUUAUUAUUCCAAAUCUGUUAGAAAGGCUUUAAAACUAUAUUCAACACCUCUCCCUGUAAGAAUUUUUCUUUGCCAGCAGGGGGAGUACAGACAAACAUACUGCUGGAAAGAUGUCCCUUAUUUAGUCAUACGCUUACUUCAAAGUCAAGCUAGAACCAAAACCAAGAGUUAUAUAUUUAGCUCCAAUUUUCUUCUUAAGGGAAAAAAAAAUGUUUAAAUCAACAUGAAAAAAAUUGUAAACUUUUUUGUGGUUUCCAGAAUAAGGAUCCAACAUUUAACACUGUGGAAAAGGUCAGGAUUCCUCACAUCUACUCACAGUCCUGUUGCCUAUAUAAACUUGCCUAUGUAAAGGAGGACCAUUAUCCUCCUAGAUACUUCAUUUUUGUAUCUGCCAAAUUAGAAUGUUGAACUAUAUAAUUUUUAAGGUCAUUCCCUUUCAACUGUCGAAUUUCUUUUAAUGUUAUAAAUAUGUGGCCAGAACAUGUUUGUCUUUUUGCAAUUUGGUAGUAAAUUGGUAACACAGAGUAGACAAUCAAUUUUUUUUUGCAUGGGUUUGUGGGGGGGAUAUGAUUUGUUGAUUAGCACACAAUGGCUGUUGAAUUUAUGCUGUUUUGUUUAUUUUUUAAGUGCACCAUGUGGCUAUCGAAGAAUUCCAAAUAGAUCCAUUCUCUCCUCCCAUUUUUUCCUGUCUCUCCUUUCUGGGACAAUGAUAGCACUUUAAAUACUUGAAAAUGUCUAUUGUGUGUACCAAAGUUGACUCUUUGCUAAAAUACCAGUCCCCCUAACCAAAGAAUUUUAAAGUUUUGUACAGAAAACUACCCCCUCCAAAGGGUUGGUCUGGGUGCUUCCACACAGAGAGACAAUUGUAUGCACACAAAUUUGUAAAAAUGAUAAUUCUAUAAGAAAGUCAUAUCAACUCAGUAAAAUUAUAAAAAAGAUUCUAAAUGUUUCAAAUAUUUUAAAAUUAUAUUUUUUGUAGCUUGACAGACGAAAUUCUGAUGUAUGUGAUGAGAGAGCUACCAACAAUGUAUUCUGAAAAUUCUCUAGUAUUGGAGGGCUCUAAUUGUUUCACAAAUCGUAACACGUUAAUAACACAGACUGCUGAAGCCAAGGAAAUAACUUUUCUCUUCUUAUAAAUAAAAGUAUAUAUUCACAAGAAUGGCACAGAAGAAAUGUCUGCUUACAAUGGAAAGAAAUAUUCCAUCCAAUAAAUUUGUCAAUAGCUUUGUAAAAUGACUUUUAAGCACUGGGUAAUACCAGAAGCCCAUUGUUCCAGAUCCAACAACAAGCCUUUGGGUUAUGACCUCACCUGGUAUGGUUUGCUUUUAUGCACUGUUCAUUCAAAACACCCUGUACCCUAAAAAAAAGACAUUUUAAGUAACUAUAUUUUUGUAUUCCUCCUUAUGAUAUCUUAAUCUAGGUGAAUUUUUUAAAAGAAUAUAAUGACAUACUUUGUCUUAGAAGGCCAGGAUUUAUUCAAAAUCAGAUAAGACCUAUUUUAGAGAAAACAAAACAUGAAAUAACUUAUUCCAAGGUUAUGAUUUGUCUUGGUCUGGCAAAGCAUAAAACCUUGAAAACUUGGUUCUCAUUCUUGAACAAAUACACCACCCCUGAAGCAUAAAAUAGUAUGGGAUUUUUAAAAAACAGAAAUUUAAAAUUGCAUGAAAAAAGGCAUUCACUUUGUUCUGUAUUUUUAGGUGAAUUACUGUUUUGUUCUAAAAUCUUGGAAGAGUAAUAUGUACAAAUGUUAUUCAAAAUAAAACCUGUGUUUAACUCAAA